AGCCUUCACUGGAUACAUAAGAUAUCGGAUGCUGAAUUAUCUGUAGCCUACCUCAUAAAGGGGUGGAACUCUAGGUUUGGUGACCUGCAGACUCUGACUAACUCAAUUUGAAGGCCGAGCAGGAUGUUCAGCACUCAGUUGUGCUAAGGGUCAAAGGUGACAAGUGGACCGCAGAAAUGAGUUUGACUUCCUGGUUUCUGGUGAGUGGCGGGGGCACUAAGCACCGCCUACCCCGCGAGAUGAUCUUUGUUGGCCGGGACGACUGUGAGCUCAUGUUACAGUCUCGCAGUGUGGACAAACAGCAUGCGGUGAUCAACUAUGAGCCAACCACAGACAAACACAAAGUCAAGGAUUUAGGAAGUCUGAAUGGGACAUUUGUGAAUGAUGUCAGGAUUCAGGAGCAGAUGUAUAUUACAUUGAAGAUCGACGACAAACUGAGGUUCGGCUAUGAUACCAACCUGUUCACGGUGGUGCGAGGAGAGCUCCUGAUCCCAGAGGAGGCGCUGAAGCAUGAGAAGUUCACCAGCCAGCUGCAGCUGAGUCAGAAGCUUCCGGAAGCGGAGGCCUCCAGACCGCCCGAGGUCAAAGCCCCCGCUGAGGCAACGUGUGAGAGGGCCGCCGCCAUGCCUCCCGACGCCUGCAAGGGGGAGGACAAGCUGACAGGGGACAUUGCGGUUCUGAAAAGAGGCACACCUCUGUACGGCCAGCCUGCAUGGUGGGGGGAUGGAGACGCUGAUGAUGAACAUUCCGGAAAGCAGGAUGGAAGGACGUCUGAGAAGAAGGCAGAGAGGGCAGAAGGAGAGCCCAAGAGGGCAAACGCGGAGGCCCAGGAGAACGGCCUGGGGGCCUCGAGCCAGGAGCCCAGUUACUUCGAGAUCCCCUCCAAGGACAGUCUGGCAGCGGAGGAGACACCGUCGAAGGACACAGAGGCGGGAGCCGCCCUGGGCUCUAACUCCGCCCUGGCACCCGAGGCCUUCACCAUCCAGUUUGACUCGGCGGCGUCCAGUAAGGUCACCGUCAAGGACCGCGCCGGGAAGAUGGCGCCGGACCAGAGACCACGCCCCAAGAGGGGGGCGGGGGAGGAGUUGAGCGCCCUGCAAAGCGCCAUGGUGGCUGCAGAGGUGAAGGUGGCCGAUUGGUUGGCCCAGAACGAGCUGCCGAUUGGGUAUAAGGAGCCGGUGGCCGAGGACGACGGGGAAAGUGUGAAGAGCGAUGUGCCUGUUCACCUCAGGAGCCUUAAAGGCAGCAAACAUGAGGACGGUACCCAGAGCGACUCGGAGAACGCCCUCGGGGAGCAGCGGAGGGCGGCCGCUCUGGAGGAGCGCUCCCGAGGACUGUGGGGCGAACGCCUCGGGUCAGGGGUCAAGAUCCGCGAGGGCCGUGCCAACGUACCCGAGGGCCUGUUCGUGGAGGAGGACAGCCCAGCUCGCCGGUACCGCUCGUCGGCGUCCAAGGUGCCGCCGGUCGGCGGCGAGUUGGUCGAGAGGAGGAGGGGCUCGGCGCCGUACCGCGACCCGCAGGCGGGGGAGGGCUUUCGCGGUCGCCACGGAGACGACCACAGCGACAGAGGGACCUAUACUAUAGAGGUGGAGAACGGCGACCACGAGGAGGAGGAGGCCAGGCGGAUGAUUGACAAGGUGUUCGGGGUGGAGGACCAGCAGGCCCUGUCCAGGGUUGGGUGUGGCGAACGCCAGAGAGACAGCAGGGGCGGGUCUCAGAGGCCAGGCUCUGGGGACAGGGGCAAGCCUGGACGCAUGGAGCCCGGGACUCUACCGGAGGAGCUCAUGGUCGGAGGGCCGCGGUGGGUUUCUCAGUGGGCCACUCUGGCGGCCAGCCACAUCCGGACGGAUCCGGAAGGUUCUGGCGCGGAGACCCACGUUUACGUCAGCGAAGACAGAGCUGAGAUCAGCGAGUCCAGCCACUCGCCCUCCAUGACCUCCUCCGGCUACACCGAGCGCAAGAGGAGGACCCUGCCCCCGCUGCCCUCGGAGGACCCCGCCAUGGGGAGGAGAGCCCCGGGCCCCGGCGCGGCCCCGCGCUCCGACGUGGGGGAGAAACAGGACACGGAGCUCCAGGAGAAGGAGAACCAGGAAGAGAGGAUGGGGAGAAGCACGGCCAAAGUGGCCCAGGUGGGAGGGGGCGGCGGCGGAGGGGCCCAGGGCGCGUGCACCCGAGGAAGCCCCAAAAAAUCCUCCCCAGCCAAGUCGCAGGAGGGAGGAAGCCGGAAGGCGGGGCAGACGCCGGGGGCAAAGCUGCCGCCCAGGCCGAUGACCAGCGGGGAGAAGAGGCUGGAGGAGGCGCGGCGGAGGAGGAGAGAGGAGGAGAAAGCCAGGGAGGCCUCUGGGAAGCCUCUCCUCAGACAGGAGAGCUUCACCGUGGAGACGCCCAGCGCCAACGUGCCCCAUGAGCUCAUACCGCGCAUCGAUGCCAACUCGGGCACCAGGGCACCGAGCCGCCCCGCCGUGGGGGGCCUAGACAGUGCCACUCUCCAGAGGGACUCGGAGGCGGUGGCAGCCUUCCUGGAGACGACCGUUUCGGACCAGGGGGACCCGCCCAGCCAGUCCAUGGAGGGGUCAGCGUCGCCCGAGUCUGACGUGGACACCACCAGUACCGUCAGCCAGGCGGGGGGCAACGGAGGGCGCAAGGUGGUUCAAAAGAGGCGCACCCUAGCAAUGCAGCAAAAGGAGCGAACGGUGGUUUGCUCUUCCACCAGGGGCCCCGGGGGAGCCAGGGACGCCCAGGAUCGGAAGCCCAAGACCAGGGCCUCGUCUGGGGGCGCGGGGGCCCGUCAUGCCUCCCAGUCCAGCCGUCCCUGGACCUCUCUGGACCUGACGGAUGACGACAUCAACUCCAACAGCCUACUGUCUGACUCCCAGACCUCCAUCCAGGAGGUGCGCUCCCACAGUCGAGCCCAGGCUGGGAGCAACACGGUGGGAGCUAGCACCAAGGCUAGCCGGGCAAAAAUUUCCCAAGCCACCGCGACUGGUCCCUCCAGUAAACCCACCACCCUGCCCAGGCCCACUCGGGCCUCGCUGCUGAGAAGGGCCCGGCUUGGAGACUCCUCCGACACUGAGAUGGGCGACUUUGACCGCAUGUCUGUUGCCUCGGAGGCCUCCACCGCCAGCUCUGCGUCCAGAACGGGGAUGGUUCGGCGGGGCCUGUCCAGAAUCGAGGCCCUGGCUCAGCCCAGGAGGCCCAGGGUAGGCUCCCCAUCGGCCCAGAGCGACUCGGAGGCCACCGUCACCCGGAGCCGGGGCCUGGGGGCUCGGAGCGUCGCUGGCGACUUUGCCAGUCGUCAGGGUGUCCGCGGUGCCAACUUGACUGCAGUGGCGGUGCCCAGGGCCAGGGCCAACAGCGCAUCCAAGCUGCCAGACAAGUCGAAGGGCGCCCCCUAUGGUCAAGUCAGCCCUGCAGCCGGAGGUCGGUGGCGGCGUGUGCCCGUGGAGUACGCCUCCACCUCCGAGGACGAGUACGGCUCCAACCGCCACCCGUCCAAGCACGGCCACGCCCGCCCCUUCCCCGCCACCAGGGUGGCCCAGCUGGGGGGCUCGGCCCCCGCCACGCCCAGCCCCGGGGCCGUGUCGUCGCUGAGGCAACAGUCCAGAGAGCAGGAGGAGUACAUGAGGGACUGGACUGCCCACAGCGAGGAGAUCGCCAGGAUCAGUCAGGACCUAGCCAAAGACCUGGCCAUGCUGGCCAGAGAGAUCCAUGAUGUGGCCGGAGAAAUUGACUCAGUCAGCCCUGCAGCCAAUGACCCAGGAGCAAUGUUGGAGGAUCGAGUGUUCGACGAGAGCCUGGACGUGGGCGGCGGGCCCUCCUCGGAGCGCAGCGGCAUUCUGGGAACGAACGGCCGCCCGGUGGAGCUCCGCCCCCCCAGCAGUAACGGACAGGGCCCCCGUUCCAUCAGACGGCAAACCUGGAACAGAGACGAGGCGGUGUUGGACAGUUUACUGGUAGCAUCUGUGACUCAACUCUCCUCUCGGAUACGCCAGUCUGUCGACAAAACAGCGGGGAAAAUCAGGAUAUUAUUCAAAGAUAAAGAUCGAAAGUGGGACGAGAUCGAGAGCAAGCUCCAAGCUGAACAUGACUCUCUGCUGCUCAAGACAUCGAACAAGGAGAUCUCAAACGUCCUUCAGGAUCUGAAGAGAGUGGAAAGGCAGUUGCUGGUCAUUGACGUGAUGGUGGACCCAGACGGCACCCUGGACGCCCUCACCAGCCUGGGCCUCACCAGCCCGCUGAUGUCCGAACAGAGGCUCAGUCCUGGGGGACAGGGGGCUGGCGCGGUGGGCCUCCCCUCUGGAGAUCCUGGGCCCACCAGCACCUUGUCGCUCCCCUCAGGGGCCACCUCGGCCCCCUCUACCCAGGCGGCGGAGAGGGAUCUGGGGCUCCACUUGCACAACAACCUGAACGCACCGCCGCCCUCUGGGGCGGAGAAGAACGCCACACCCUAACAGGUGACGAAGCAGAGGACCGACAGAACAGCUGUGACUUCUGAAUGCUCGCGAUGAGGAGCCAAGUAAGAUGCCGAUAGAACACAGAGGAGCCAAUGAUGUUGCAGUUAGAACACAGAGGAGCCAAUGAUGUUGCAGUUAGAACGCAGAGGAGCCAAUGAUGUUGCAGUUAGAACGCAGAGGAGCCAAUGCGGUUGCGUGUAGAGUGGACCUUACGCAUCCUGUUGAUUAUUUGUAUCCAAACUAAUCUCAUCUCUUAACUAAUCAUUUCCGGUCUUGGCAAAAGAAGUGUGGAAAUUGCUUACUCUGCCCUGCAGAGUUUAGUAAACGGGUUAUUCUGCAUAACAACACAUAUUAAACAUACAAAACAUAUUUUCUAAGUGUAAAGAAUGAAUUCGAGAACUUGGUCAUGAUUUCUACAGAGACUUUUGUCAUUGCUCCUACUGUUACUGUUGUGUUUUAUUCUCAACAAUCAAUCUCUGAUAUCGAGCUGGAACGAAGCUGUGAGGAUGUCUGCCAUUUUCAGAGAAGAAACGAUAUGUUCAGAAAGAGUUGUUCAAAAAUGUUCCACCAUAAUCAUACGUAGUCUACCUAAUCAAUAUUAUGAAUAUAAAAAGAUAAUCUUGUUGACCUGUAGCACAUGCACCUUCCCAAGCUUGUUUAGAUAUUCGACCUUUCCUUAAAGAGGCUGGAAUCAAAUAUUUAUUUGACGGAAACCAUAGGCUAUGUACAGCAUCUGCUUGUCUACCACCUUUAUAUACUCCCUGUCUAUGCCUUUCUCUGUGAGGUGACCUGUCUGUCUGAGACUAGCGUAUCAAAGAUCAAAUAUACAUAACCUGAUGUAGCCUCGCAGAACGUGUAAUAUAACGAUAAUUAUUCUUAUUCUUAAUACAUCACAAAGUGCCCAGUAUCAUUACAUUUAGUCAUUUAGCAGACACUCUUAUCCAGAGCGACUUACAGUAAGUACAGGGACAUUCCCCCCGAGGCAAGUAGGGUGAAGUGCCUUGCCCAAGGACACAACAUCAUUUGGCACAGCCGGGAAUCGAACUGGCAACCUUCUGAUUACUAGCCCGCUUCCCUAACCGCUCAGCCACCUGACUCCCUGUAUCCCAGUCCCAGUAUCAGUCGCUGGUGCUGUACUGUCGGCUGAAGAAGCACCCAUGGUAAAACAGUUAAAGGAAUGUAACGUUUGUUCAUUUGCAUCAUUCAAAAGCCAAGAUCAUUCACAUGGGCCGAAAAUAACGUAACUAAACCAAACCCAUUGUCAUGUUUCAUAGCAGCGUUUACACAUGAAUGUAACCUGAUCGAAACUGUUGAUGUCUCUCAGCCAAAAUAACUUUAAUAAAGAAAUAGAAUUUUGUGCUUGUUAAGUAUGUGUCCUUUCGUGUUAUUUCAAACCAUCAAUAUAUUUUUUUUGGGAUGUUUUGUAUAAUUGUUUUCCAAAAUGUCAUAAUUUAUUGUUUUGUAAUAUUAUGUGUAAUAGUACAAUAUUGUUAAAAUUUACUAAACAUUGAGUAUGUCUAAUUUCUAAUAAAACGCAUGAUAAUCAACA